AUGGCUCACCAUCAUCUCCUCCCAUUAAUCCUUCCCCUAGUUCUUCUCAUCCUACCAUCAUCUACUCAUGCAACAACCAAAGCCAUGUUCACGGAGCCCCUCCAGUUGCUCUUCGGCGGCCAAAACCUCACCGACGGUGACCUAACUUUAUCCCUAUCCAACGACUGUAGCCUUAUACUCUACAAAGACGGCAUCCCUGCUAAAGACUUCAACACCAGCACCACCACCUCAAGCUGUGCCCUCUUGGUCACCCAAAAUGGGCAACUUGAUCUCGUCCCUGAUAAUGAGCUCACCCCCACUCAAACCAUCGGCAAGAAGACCUACCCCGGCCGAUAUGCUUUGCUAUUCAUAAACGGCAACCUUGGUAUCUUCGGUCCUGCCAUGUGGGACAAUGGGUCCACAGAUUACAUUCUUUUCUCUGGUAACUAUGUCACUGGCAGUGGGAAUGGUGAUGUUGUUAUUGCACAAAACGGCAAGGUUUCAACUGUUAUUACUAAAAAAUGUGCACUCGCUGUGAAGGAUGAUUCUGCUAAUAAGACUAUAUGGCAUUCAUGGCCAACGAGUGAUGAACCAACAGAGUGCUUCCUUGAGCUUAAGUCUAAUGGACAGCUUCUUCUUCAACGGUAUAAUGAAUCUGGGGUUGUUACACAGUGGAAAGGUGGAUAUGCAGCGAAAGAUAAUCUUUAUGUUUGUCUUCUUCGGUAUUAUGGUGGGAUUACUAUUUAUGGACUUAAGACUUGGCUUUAUCAUGAUGGUUCUUCUUCUUCCUCUGCUGCUGCUGCUGCCGCCGCUGUUGUUGCUGAGAAGAUUAAGAUGGUGACUGCUUAG